AUGACGUCAUCAUCAGCCAAAGUUCGUCUUAUUGAAGACAAGAUGACAAACUCAAUCGAACUACAAAUAACGGAUGAAGACCAUACCUUAGGCAAUGCACUGACUGCUGAAUUACAAGCCAUACCCGGGGUAGUCUUUGCUGCGUACAAAAUACCCCAUCCACUUCAGAACAUUCUUAAGCUCAAAGUUUCGCUGAGUGAAACAGCUGAAGACCGCCCAUUAGAACUAGUUAAGCAAGCCCUAAGCAAUCUAGUUGCCCAAUGCGACUCCCUUGAGGCUUCUUUAUCCCUUCACCAGCAAGCAUGGAAUUAG